AUGUCAUUAUAAUCCAGAAAGUCUAUUAAGCAUGAAAAAUUCCUUUAAACAAUAUUGGAAUAGUCCAAUUAAUUCAUUUAUAUAUACUUAGUUAUCUAAUUCUUCUCCUUAUCAUCCCUCUAUAACUCUAACUCUAUCCAGAUCAAAUAACCUCCUCUCUAAUUAAUCAUUCCUUAGAUCAACCAACAUCGAUUCAAAAACCUUCUAAUUCUUCUUUAAUAUUUUGUUCUUCUUGGUAAGUUUAACGAGUUACAGUUUCUGAUCCUAUUAAAAUUAUCACUUCUCUUCUUGAAUAUCCUGAUAAUAGAAGGAGAAGUUCUCUCUGGCCAAAUCUAUUUAUAUUGUGUAAUUGCUUCAGUAUUCAUUAGGUACUUGGCCAGACCAGGAGAAACAAAAACUGUAUCAAUAUAUUAUAAGAAUAGGUUUCUUUUAGAACUAUAUGCCAUACGCUUCUUACUUAAUCAACGCUUUAUUUUAAAAAUCAACCUUCUUCUUUUUCUUGAUCUUUUUUACUUUAAGCACUUUCGAAGAGAGAGUUGCUUUAGAAUAUUUCAAAUCACAUCUUCGAGAGUACUUCUGUAUUAUUCUGAAAUCUAAUAUCUCGACCAAAAAACUUAACCAACUCAACCAACUAGUAUGGAUGGCUUAAAAGCUAAUUUAAUAGGUAUCUCUUCUCUACACUGAUAAUGAUAAAUGA